AUGGCCAGUGAGCCACCCUUACCAACGCGCACUUCUAGUGGGUUCAGCCUCUUAGCCAAGAUACGAUCUCACAAAGAGCCCAAACAUGCGAGUCCGGCGAUAGAGCACGCGCGUCGGAGUAGUAGUUAUGAUAGCACCUCCAGCCCGCUGGCCAAAUCAUCCCCUUUCUCUUCUCCCGCUCUAGAAGGCUCCGGCGUGAAGAGCAGGCGCCUGAGCGUGGAUCCUCGAGAUGACUUCGUUGUCAGCGUCUGUUCGCUGGAUGAGGAGUUUGUAUCAGCUUCAAAGAUUGGUCGCAGGAAAGAGAUCGGGAAGGGUGCCAGUUCGACGGUGAAGAUCAUGCAGAGGAAGGGUGACAAGAAAACCGAAGGAACGCCGCUCUAUGCGGUCAAGGAGUUCCGCAAGAGAUCCUCCAGAGAGACCGAGGAGGAAUAUAUCCGUAAGGUGAAAUCGGAAUAUACCAUUGCAAAAUCCCUCAACCACCCGAAUAUCGUCCAGACUGUGCGGCUGUGUACCAGCAACGGCAGGUGGAACCACGUCAUGGAGUACUGCCAGCAAGGGGAGCUUUUCAGUCUGAUGGAACGAAAAUACUUGAAGGCUGCUGAUCGGAAUUGUUUCUUCAAGCAAGUCCUUCGUGGAGUCGAAUACUUGCACAUCCACGGGAUUGCGCAUCGAGACAUCAAGUUGGAGAACCUGUUGAUGACGGACGACGGUUAUAUCAAAAUCACCGACUUUGGUGUCUCGGAAGUCUUUUGUGGCGAUCAUCCCGGGGUUGCAAGCUCGCGAGGGCGUUGCGGACAAGGCAUGCGAAAUCCGCGAAGAUCUGCACCCGGCAUCUGUGGUUCGAGACCGUACAUCUCGCCAGAGGUACUGUCGCGGGACAGGGAGUACGAUCCCACCAAACUGGAUGUGUGGGGAUGUGGUAUUCUCUUCAUGACCAUGACUCUCAGUGGUAAUCCAUGGCAAAGUGCGAGCAAGGAAGAGACGAACUAUGCUCGCUUUCUGGAGGGGUGGAGGGCAUUCUUGGAUCGCUUCGGAGAUGCCCCAAUCGAUGAGAAUUGCCAUCCCCAAUGCGGGCCAAUUUUCAACGCUUUGCCAUCAGACUCGAUCCGGAGGUGCAUCCUGAAGAUGUUGCAUCCGGACCCAGAGAGGCGAUGUACCAUCAAUGAUGCCCUCAACGACCGCUGGGUAAGAGUCAUCGAGUGCUGCUCACGAGAAGAUGCCGACUCGACGGCGGAUGCCAUUGAUGUGGCCAAGACAGACUGCCACAUGGUGGCAGCACGAAUGAAGGUCCAGCCCAAGCACGACCAUUUGCCCCCACCAAUCAAGCGGUUGCCUCAGCAUCGUUUCAGUAUGGGUGACGGGACGUCGCGGUAUGACUGA